UGAAUGAAUUGAGGGGCUGAGUAGCAACUGUCUACACCGCUUUCAAGCGAUCACCGUUUCGGAGUUUUUCCACACCGACUCUCUGCCCUGAGGAGGAAAGCACAAUAUGGACGAAGAGUUCUCCGUCGAUCCUCGUCAACUGUUCGAAGCUGCUUCAAGCUUCUGUAGUCAACCAGGUGCCAUUUCCGACACUUCGGUCCAGGAAUUUCUUACCCGCUUCCCUCUCCCUGCUAUUAUUGGAGCCUUGCAAAUCAAUGCGGAUUACCCUGGACUGGAAAGUGCUUUGGUCGACUGUUUGGAAAGGAUAUUCAUGACUAAGUAUGGGGCAUCACUUAUCCCGCAUUAUAUGGCUUUUGUCUUAGUUGGUCUUAAGGCAGAUUCUCAAAAAGUGAGACGGCUGGCCUGCACUUCUAUAUCAUGCUUAUUAAAGAAUACAGAUCAUAGGAUUGCGUUUCAACUAAUUACGCAAAACGAUGUAUACUCCCGACUACUCAGUUGCUUAAUUGAUGGUGAUGAACAAGUAGCUGCAGCAUCAACAGAUGCAAUAAAAGUUUUGGCUGGGUAUCCAGAAGGCAAGGCAAUUGUCUUUCCAACCAGUAAUAGUGAAGCUACACACCUUGGGAAUGUUGCAGAUAAAUGUUCAUCGCUGGGGAGAGUCCGAAUUCUAUCAUUGAUCGUGCAACUCUUCUCUAUCUCAAGCUCUGUGGCUUCAGAAGUAUCCAGAUCAAAUCUUUUGAGUCUUUUGGAGGCAGAUAUCAGAAAUGCAAAAGAUACUCUAGUUACUUUGAGUGUUCUGGAACUUCUGUAUGAGCUGUCAGAAGUUGAACACAGUGCAGAGUUUGUUUCAAAAACAACUCUUCUAAAGCUACUUAGUUCUAUAAUUAGCAAUGGAGCUGCAGAAUCUGUUUUGAGAUCAAGAGCUAUGAUGAUAGUUGGAAGGCUUCUGUCCAAGGAAAAUUCUUUUGGAUUCAUUGAUGAACUUAGUUUUAGAACUGUGAUUUUGGCUAUUGAUAAAAGGCUUGAAUUCCUGAACGGAAGCCAAGAGACUGAUGAAUGUGAAUGUGCACUUGAAGCAUUGGGUCAAAUUGGACUGACAUUCCAAGGGGCAAGGAUGGUUCUGUCAACUUCACCCCCUACUGGUAGACAUGUUGUUAAUGCUGCUUUUGACAGACAACAGCAUGGUAAACAGCUGGCUGCCUUGCACUCUCUGGGACAUAUUGCUGGUGAAAUGCGUGCAGAAAACAGUAGGGUUCUAGAUAGUACUGCAGAAGGAAACCUGAAAAGUUUAAUUUAUGAUAAAGCAUCCAAAACAUCAAAGCUGACCCCAUCAGGCCUCCUUCUAUCAGUGCUUCAGCAGGAUGCAGAAAUUCGCCUUGCGGGAUAUAGAUUGAUUAUUGGAUUGGUGGCUCGACCUUGGUGUUUGAUGGAGAUUAUCUCAAGACCGGAGAUUAUUGGUGUAGUGACUGAUGCCUAUACAGAAACCAACAAAAUAGGAAUGGAAACUAGACACAGGUGUUGCGAAGCGAUCUACAGGGUCUUCAUGUCAUCUGAUAGACUUACCAGUGAUCCUGCAUUCGCGGAUGUGGCUACAAAGCUGCAAGUAGCAAUCAGGCAAGGCCCCUAUGGUACCAGAAAGCGAACUGAAGCUCAGCCGGCGGUAAUGACAGCAGACAGAUUUUGAUCUGUUCUUGUUCUUGAGACUGAUGGAUUAACUUGCUCCUUUGUUGUGUACAAAACUAAAUAACCAACUUAGGAUAACAUAUGAUAUUUAUAUAUAUAUAUAUAUACACACGACUUUGUUUAAACUAUUUUCACACAGGACAGGGUAAAUGAUGGUUUAAGAAGUGUGUUUGUUUGUUUC